AUGGCAGCACUGCCCAUCACGCUCGCCACCGAUGGAUGCCAGGUGUACCGGCCCGCGGCGUCGUUUAGCACCGCGGCUGCAUCUUCAUCCAAGGCGCCCUAUGUGACACACCUGGCGGCCUCUGGCGGCAGCUCUGGUGGUGGUGGUGGCCCGCUCGUCUGCUUCACCGACGACGGCGUCCUUCGCACGCUCGACCGGCACCGGCUCGCACUGACCUCGACGCCGCGCGCGUGGGAGGCGGGAGGCAUGUGCACCUCGCUCUGCACCGUCGCUGGUGGGCCCGCCUGGUUCGCAGCGGGAAGAAACGGCGUCAUCAGCUACUUUGAGGCUGCAGGUGGUGGUGGAGGGCCCCAGGAGCGGAUAUGCCUGCGAGGUCCCUCGGGCGCACCCUACCUCUCGGUCGCAGCCAGCUCCGACGGGCACUCGGUCGCUGCGGGCACGGAGCUCCACGGCGUCGAUGCCACCGUCGACAUCUGCAAGCCCAAGUUGACCUACACCGAGUCGCACUCGGACGACGUCACCUGGCUCUCAUACCACGGCACUGUGUCCCAUGCGCUGCUGAGCGCUUCGAGCGACGGCCUCGUCUCCAUCCUCGACACGCAGCAGACCGACGAGGACGAUGCCGUGCUUGGCGUGACCAACACGGGUGCCAGCGUCGCCCGAGCCGGCUGGGGCUUUGGACAUAGUCCCUAUGCCUAUGCAAAGCCGGACCCACCUCACCUGCGCAACAAGGACGGCAGCCCCUACGCGGAUGCUCGGGCAGGGGCGCACCAGAGUGCCGAUACCGAUGCCGAUGCCGAUGCCGACGCGACGACGAAGCUCGGCUGCUUCUGGAGUGCGAGCGACAUGCAGACCUUCGGCGUGUGGGAGGCCGACGACUUUGACGAGCUCGUGCCGCCCGUGGACGUCAGGGCAGUCAAGCCGACAUCGGUGCGCAACAGGUGGAAGAGCGACUACAUCAUCGAUGCAUGGAGCACCGCCGGCACCGGCCUCAUGCUCCACUGCGGCGACCAGCGGGGAAACGUGGCCGUGAUUGGCGUGCCCCACGGCGGCGCAGGUGGUGGGUCGCCGCUCCAGUGGCAGAUGCACGGGUUGCUGGCGGCGGCCCCAUCAGGCGCAUCGGGUCACACGAGGAACAGCACGUUUGGAUCGCAGCUCCACAACGGCCACACCGACAUUGUCCGUGCCAUCUGCAGCUCCGACAACGAGACGUUUUACACGGGCGGCGAAGACGGCCUUGUGUGUGCGUGGAAGACGUCAGAGGAGCAGCAUCGGAUCGCACCGGACAGCUUCGACUUUGAAGGCUUCCAGCAGGGCGCGGGCGGGCUAGAAGAUGGCGACGACAACGACGACGAGGUGUUCGGGAGGCCGAGGCACGCAGGCUCAGCCGGUGGCAAGGUCAGGUCAGAAGAAAGACAGAAGCCAAGCUUUCGGCCGUAUUGA